AUGGACUUUUUGUCCUUAUGGGGAAAAAGAUUCUAUGAUGACAGGGAUAGUGAUUGGAAGAAAAUGCUGACCUACAAGUAUAAGACUAAUAUCCCUAAUCUCUUUAACACUAGGGUGACCCUGGGAUCUCCAUUUAUGAAAAGUUUAUCAUGGGCUCUUGCAGCCUCUAAAAACUUCUAUAGAUGGAUCCCUGGGGAUGGUAAAAGCAUUGCCUUCUGGCAUGACAUCUGGAUUGGAGAUUGUUCUCUUAAAACUGCAUUUUGGGGCCUGUAUACUAUUUGUCAACAGCAAGAUUCUACCCUUGCACAGGUCUGGACUAGCCUGUCUGGAUGCUAG